AUGGUUCGUGAAUCCUGGAAGAAAUAUUUUGAUUUAUACAACAUCGACAAGAACAGAGUCAAUGGACACUGCAAAUUAUGCAAUCAGAAUUAUAAAGAUAAAAACGGUGUAUCAAGUAAUUUUUUAAAACAUAUAAAACGAAAGCACUUUUUUGAAUAUCAACAAUUGUUUUCCAAUCAAGAUGAAAGUUUGUCAGAAGAUUUAACUAUUGAAAGUGAUGGUCAUAUAACAACCGAUAUAUCAACACUUAAAUCUAAACAAAAUCGUAUUAAUAUAGCUAUUGUUAAAUAUUUGAUUAUUAAAUGUAAUUUACCAUUAAACCUGGUAGAAAAUUUAGCCUUUCGUAAUUUUAUGAAAGAGUGCAAUUUCAAAUGGGAUCCAAUAUCGGCAAAAAGAGUGAAACAUGAUGCAAUUCCUACAUUUACAGAGAAGGUGAAUAAAAUUAUUAAGGAAACAUUAGAUACUGUGGAUCAUGUUACAUUAACUGUUGAUGGAUGGUCAGACAGGCGAUGUAGGUCAUUUUUAGGUGUAACAUGUCACUUCAUCAAUUCUAAGAUGGAGCCACAAUCAUUUUUAAUUGAUUUUGUACGCCUUAAAUCUCCUCAUACAAGUGAACAUAUUCAACAAAUGACCGAAUGUAUUCUUGAUCGUUUUAAUAUUAAAGAAAAAGUUUAUAGAAUAGUUACCGAUAAUGCUUCAUCAAUGAUUAAAGCGUAUAAAUUUGGUUUAUCCGUUGAUGAUGAUGAUGAGGCUGUUGAUAUCUAUAACGAUGAAAUAAAAAUAAUGGAAAAUACAAACAUAAUGUUGCAUGAUUAUGAUCAAGAUGUUGAGAUCAGUAAUUUUCAAAUUAUUAACAUUCAACAUGAUGAUCAUUUUAACGAUUGUGAAAAUUCUUCAGUAUUACGUCUAUCAUGUUUUGCGCAUACUUUACAGUUGUGUGUGCGUGACGGUUUAAAAAAGACUUCUCAUAUACCUAAAUUACUUGAUAAAUGUGCAACACUCGCUAAGUUUUCACAUAAGUCAUCGAAAAUCGCUGAUCUGCUUGAUCAACUGAAUAAACACAUUACCAAAAUGAAUUUGACUAGAUGGAAUAGUGAAUAUAUGUUAAUCAAAUCAAUCUUAUCGAUUAAUAAACAUGAUUUGGAAGCAAUCACAUCUUUAAUGAACACUCCAGUUAAAUUUUCAAACAAUGAUAUCAUUAUUUUAGAAGAAUUAGUUAGUAUUCUCGAUCCGUUUUAUGACAUAUCAAUUAAAUGUCAAGCAGAAACUGUUGUCACUGUUAGUUUGGUGGUACCGUCAAUUGUACAUUUAGUUACUCAUCUUCGUGAUAUCAACGAAGAUAUUUCAUUUUGUGGAAAACUCGUUCAACAACUUCAAGCAUCCAUAGAAACACGAUUUUCCGGUAUUAUUAAUCGAUUAAACCAAGUUGAUGUUAUUAACAAUGAUCAUUAUGGUGAUCCACUCUACUUUAUUGCUGCUUUUUUAGAUCCUUCUUUUAAGUUCUACUGGAUUCGUGAUUUACAAUUAGGUGUUCAAAUGGAAAAUCGUUUGAAACAAAAUAUAAUUCAAUUGAUUAUUAAUGAAAUAAGUAAGGAUUCAAAACCAUGUACAACCGAAUCGCAUAAAGCUAAUGUUUAUCUAACGACAUCAUCAAGUUCGAGCUCUACAUCAAGAAAAAAGCGUCGAAAAUUAUUUAAUUACGAAGAUAGUGGUAUGAAUGAUGCAAGCGAAUCAACAACACUUGAUCCUGCUGUUGAAUUAGAUGCUUAUUUAAAUGAUCCAGUGCGAUCAAAAUUUUCCGAUUACUGGUUUCAUUCGCAAUUGAACAUUCUGAAGAAGUUGGUGGCCCGUAUAUUUUCAGUUCAAGCAUCUUCAGCCCCUAUUGAACGUGUCUUUUCUUAUGCGGGGCUGAUAUUAUCAUCAAGAAGAACAAACAUGAACGAACAUUUAUUUCGUGAUUUAGUUUUUUUACGUGUAAAUGAAAACUUGUUAUAA